UCGUGACUUAAGUGAUGGACUAGCAGCAGAUCUAAAAAUAAUUGUAGGGAUAAAAGUUCUGCUUCCAAAAAGAAUUAGGAGAAUGGUGGAAUUGAGAUAAAUUUAAGAAGUCGUUGUAUUGAUCUUCAGAUUUUUAAAACAAUCAGAUGAUCGAGGAUUAUAGCUGGACUCAGAACAGUUAAGGGAGACCCAUCCGUAUCUACACACACGCCAGUACUCGUUUUCACUCCAGUUUCAGUCUUGAUUUCUUAGGUCAACGAUCAACAGACUUGUGAGAUCCGAGUCCGGGGCGCAUCCAAAAACCUGCGUGAAGCCCCCUGCACUUUACGGAAGGCGGCCUUCGUGCCGGUGGGAUUGGUCAAUGAAAGUUUCGCACCACGCCUCCCAGAGUAAUAUUCGCUCCGGACUGAUCGCAUUAGGGAGUCUGUUUUCUUUCCGUUGCCUUAAUUGUUUCCAGAUGGAGGGCACCGUUUGUCUCUUCUGAAGUACGGGGGAAAUGCGUCGUCUCUUCACUUUGUCCCACAGCGUGGAUCGUCCAAGUCCUCACGUUGUUAGUGGAUUAUAGGAGCAGACUGCGGAGACCUUCUGCCGAGCUACAGGAGAAUCCACCUGGUGAAGAAGGGAAGUUUCAGUAUGCUGGGGCAGAGUUUUAAGUUUGAACCAGUCUUCAUUCAGGACCUUUCGGAGCUGGAGAGAGACAGACUACAAGAAAUUGCUUUCUUUCAUCUUCGUGAGAAAGGCUUUAGCAAUAACCUCCUGAUUUCCAAAGAUUCACCCAAAAGAGAAUUAAAUCUGCGGAUGAGACUGGAUGCCUUAUAUAAAGAGAAAAAAGAAAAAGGAUAUCACCCCCAGGUGUUUGGCAUUCCCCUCUCUGAAGUCAUUGCAUUUGACCGAAUCUACAAGCAAAAGCAGGAUGCACUGAAAGAAAGUCGUCGAAAUUGCCUGAACCUGGAAGCCAGUGUUAUGACAUUCAGAACACAGAAGCUGAAUAAUUUUUUUUCUUUGAGCAGCUCACUCAAUGUAUCAUGCUAUAAUUCCCGUGGAUUGUCUUCUUUGUUGGAAAAUGACGUAAAUGAUGUAAAGAUUCAGAGAAGGGGCGGCGUAUCGGUGGACUGUCUUUCAGAAUUAGAUGACAGCCACACACGUUUACUGGAGGCUCUGCAACUCUCUCAUCCUUUUGAACUGGAAAGCAAGAAAGUCACAGAAAAAAGCAAGCGUUUGAGCCUUAACCCCAUUUUCAGACAGGUUCCUCGAGUAGUUGACAAAUGCUGCCGUCACAUUGAGACUUGCGGUCUACAGACUGUUGGGAUUUUCAGAUUGGGGAGCUCAAAGAAGAGAGUUCGUCAGCUGAGAGAUGAUUUUGAUCAGGGCAAGGAUGUCAUUCUAGAUGAAGAGCAAAGUAUCCAUGAUGUGGCUGCUUUACUGAAAGAGUUUCUCAGGGACAUGCCAGACCCGUUACUGCCCAGUGAGUUGUACUCUGCCUUCCUCAGCACUUCAGAAAUACACAAAGGAGAGCAGAUCUCAUUCUUGCAGCUCCUUAUAUUCCUUCUGCCUCCAUGUAACUGCGAUACUCUCUAUCGGAUACUUCAGUUUCUCAACAAAGUGGCAAGCCAUUCUGAAGACAUCUGUGGCCCAGACAAUCAGGAAAUUUGUGGAAACAAGAUGACAGCAGCUAAUCUGGCAACCGUGUUUGGCCCAAAUCUCCUCCAGAGAGAGAAAACAACAGGAAAGGAUCUCACACCAUAUGUUACCGAAGUGGAGGACAGUGCAAAAAUCAUUUUGGUUGUCCAAAUACUCAUAGAAAACUAUGAUUUGUUGUUUACGGUAUCUCCUGAAUUGCAACAAGAAGUACUGGAGAGCUUAAUACAAACAGACCCCGACGUCAUUCAGUAUCUGAUACGCAGGAAGCACAAGAGCCACUUGUUGAAUUAAUUCAUACCAGGACUAAUGUGAUGAAGAGGAAGAAAAAAUAAAUUCAGGAUCAAAGGUUACCAAAUAUAAUUAUUUGUUUAAGAAAGAUGAUUGUGGUGAAAAUAUACUUGGAGCUUAUUGGACAAUAAGGAUGAUUCUAUGUCUCUGUAUGUUGCACCCAAAGGGAGCGCCUGGACUCCUUUUUCAUAAGGCCUUAGGACCCUUUUUUUCCCAGGGUGUGUACGAGACUUCGCUUGCUUUUCUCAAAGUAAAUGGGAACAAAGGCCAAGCUCUCCUCACGUGAAACUUACUCUAAAGACAAUAGAUAUUGCCUUCUCCUUAAAUCACUGAAUCUUUUUUUUAAUAAAUGAAUAAACAAUAUAAAUUCUUGUUCACGCCCUACUGUUUUCUCACGAAUACGAUUUUUGGCUAAAUUUUGCCAUGCACUACAUUCGAUCCUUUUUCCUGCCUUAAUAAGAAAACUUUAAACAAAGUUUAGUUUUCAGGAAAAUCCAUCUCGUCACCCAACGCGCGGACCUACUACUUCCAGUUCAGGGUUUCAAGGAGUUAGAACCUGUGCAAGCUGUAGUGGGUACAAAGCAAGACCAACCAUGAAUGAGAUGCCAGCUCAUCACAUGGCAGUUUUCUGGAAAAUGAGACUGUAAAUAACAUACUGUACAUCUGAGUCCAAAAUCGGGACAAAGUGAAUGGUAUCACUUUCUAUUGUAUGCUUUACUUGGAAUGGCUAUUAUACAGUAAUGCAGUGUGACAUAUUUCCUUUUAUGAUGGAAAAUGUCACUAUAAAGUUCUUGUGUUUCAUUGUUGUCAUAUUUUAUUUUUUACCAUGUAUACUUUAUGGGAACUUGUCAGGUAAAGGUGUUUUUGUCAUCAAUUUGUGUCAAUGUUAACUUAAUGCUGCAUGCUAAUGUGUGAACAAACACUCAAACUCAUAUCAGAUAAACUUUAAUACUGUAUAUAAAUGUAAAGAGCAAACUAUAAAGAGAGAUUUUAAAAGCCACACUUUGACGUUAUGAUGCAUGCACACAGCUCUCUCCGGGGAUCAGAUCACAAACACUAGUGUGGAAAAUUGAGGAUUUAAAAUGUCAACUCAUUUGAUCACAAGGACCCGAAACUUUAACAGUAAUCUACCAUUAAAUAUAAGGGAUGCCCCAAUAGAAUUAGAAUAGAAAUGGCAGAAAUAGGCCAGAGCCGCUGACACUAUCAUGCGUCCCAACCUGUGUCUAACAUCAUCACUGUGGGCCUCAUACUAAUGGCCACUACUAACCUCUUCUUUCCUAUUCUUCUGUUUUGCAUCUGUUCCACAUGUGGCCUCCUUUAGCCAAUCAACUGAGUCUGAGACAGAUGGCAUCUCUUUGGUGACACGUUACCAUUGAUUCAGUGUCAGUGGGCACUGCUACUACUACUACUACCACCUACAAUUUUAAAUACAUUUGGUCACAAACACAAUACAACUGCAUUAGUAGAAAAAUAAAGUACGAUCUUUACAACACUGUGUACUGUAAAUGUCCAAACACCGUGAAAUUCCACAAGCUUGCAAAGUGCCUUAGAUGCUUUUAUGCAUAGCAAUAGAUAACCAGUAUUACUGUUUUUACUAAUGUUCACCGAAUAACAUAUAAAAGUACACUGUCCCAUAAGCAUUUAGCUGAAUAAAGCAGCAGCAAACCAUGACUUUGCCUUCAAUCAGAUCAGAAAUCUGGUAAAGCUGCUUUCGAAAUGAACAAAUAAAGCUUCAAUCCGCUGAGUCAAAGCACUGCAAAGCGCAGGAAUCUCAUUCAUUUUGCUAUAAUAGGCCGCACCAUUACACAAUUGGGACACUCUCAUUGUGAAGAUGUAACUAUUGGCCUACAGUAGCAGUUCUUAAUGCAUCAGGCCGUGGUGCGUGCAGACAAAGUGAAAGUUACGCCUCUGCUUUCAACAACUCACCACAUGCAUUGUGCUUCGGCCAGGGCCGGCUGAAGUGCCUCUGUCACUGUAGGGUUGAUGGUCGAACAUAAUGCUGCCUGAGAUCAGCAGCUCGCGGAAAAACAGAAUGUACUGCUUUCUGCAAUAUGUGGAAACAAAAUGGAAUGCCCUUUCAUCACAUUCGCAUUCUUUAUUUGAUAAUUAGCUGAGUUGGAAUUUAAACUGGGCACUGGUUCAUGUUAAUUUAAGUAAGUAUCAUUCACCGUUAGACAUUGCUUUAACACCUCAUAACAGACCCAAAACUGGCUGUUUGGCCAAGUCCAUUUUCUUAUACCUUGGAAAGUGUUAAAAGAAAUCUCCCAAUGGUGGGGAAUAAUGGUUCACUCGCCCCAUCUUUAUUUCAUUAUUAGAAUAGUCCUGGUUUUCUAUAUUACUUUCCUACUGACCAAACAGUCACUUACUGUACCUUGAGUCCUAAGUGAGGAUUCCAUAUGAAUAUUUUAGCAUUAUCCUGGACAAAGAUGGCAUAUGCCAAAGGACAGAGGUUUUCAACCAGUGUGCUGUGGCACAGUGGUGCAUCGUGAGAGCUACCCAGGUGUGCUAUGGAAAUAAGUGUGUAGCGCAUUUGGGUCUGUACCUGAGAGGGACAAGCUCCUCUGGUGGUCAAGACCUGUCUGAAGAGGACAGGGCUACUAGAAGAAGCUGGCAUAUAAGCAGCUCUGCGAUCGCCAUGUAAGAGCACUUUGGACGCAUCUCCUGUCUGCUAGAGUCCAUCUGCCUGACUGUGUGGUGGCCAGCAAGUCUCACAGGGCCUGUGGAUAGUGGGCAUAUGAGUUGCCUCUGAGGAAAAGAGGGAUGUGCAAAGGGAUGAAGCAGCUGGGAGAUGCCAGCAAACUGCUCACUAAGUGCUGUGCCUGCGAAUGCUGAUCUCGGAGCUCCAUUUUUUUUUUUUACUGGCUGGAAAGUCCCCUCCCUUCAGACAGCUGAGCACAUGUAUGAGAUAUAAUGUGUUAACCCUAACCCUGCUAAAAAAACAAAAUAAUCCACAUGUCAUGCAAAAAAUUGUCCUGAAAACUUCAGCUAGUUAGUAUUGGAUGCAAGAUAAAAGAAAAAUCUGAACUGGAUCCUUGUCUACUUAAAAUUAACUCUCAUAUAAAAAAACAAAUUACAAGAUGUUGAAAUUAGCUUAAAAUUCAAAUAUAUGUAGCCAUGUUUUGAGCACGAGUAAGAAACAAACUCAGUUUACUGUAUUAAUUGAUAUUAUACCUCCUGCUACCCUGGGCUAUGGGAUUAUUCAUUCUUCACAUAUAGCAACUCACAUAAAAAGCAAAUAUCAUCUUAAAGCAAUUUAAUGUCAUAAGAUAAGAUGCCAUGUAUUCUCUGUAUUUUUUUUUAUUCCCAAGCCAGUCUGCUUCAUUAAAUACUUCCUGUUUUAAAAGUCAGAGAUCCAAUUAUUGUGUCAGAAUAUCCUUAGGGCAAAAUAACAGGACAUUAAGCAGAAAUUUAAACAGAUCUGAAGCACUUGUGUAUACGAGUUGAAGGGUACCAUUUUUUUUGAUUUGCUUGCACUUGCUACCAUGUCAAUAUUUAUACUUAUGUAGCCAGAGAUUUAAAAAGUUUUCUUAACAAAGCCAUAUAUCAGUCAUCCUCAUAACUGAUGAGCCUGUAAUUCCAAGUCACUUCUAGCAAGGCAAGGAUUCUUAAAGCUGAUAAAGUGCCUGACAGAUGGACUUCUAUGUCCAUGCUCCUUGCAGUAUAUCCUCACUAACUCGUUACAAUUGAUCAGAGGUGUAAGGCGGAGUGGGACUGGACAGUUCAGGCAAUGCAUUUUCUAACGGCCGUCUAAUUUUACACUGCUGCCUGACCUUUUCAGUCUCGACAGACAGAAUUAAUCAAUCCAUCAUAUUUACAUUGAUUACAUUUCCAGAUGGCUGCCAAAAUUUAAAUAUUUGGAAAAAAUCUUCUACUACCUUAUAUUUUGCAGUGGAAAUUAUUUUAUAAAUGAAACCCUUGAUGUUUUGUUGUACUUUUGUUGUACAGGAAAUAUCCCUGUUUGGACAAUGUAACCUAAUCUGAACAGCCGCUGAUAGUCUUUGCUUUGAAAGUCUCCUGCGACUCUGUAUCCUCAUUUGAGGACAAAUGAUUUUAAUUCACUGUGCCCUGUAUGUUUUUCUCUUAACUUAAAGCUGCUGUAUGUAGAAAAGGGCAGAUUCUGUUGAAUAGUGGUAUAGUUAAGGUGAGUAAGCAAAGUAGCAUUAAUUUCAGUGAACACCUUUUCUGGAAAGCGCACAAACAAAGUAGACAUGGUAAGAAAGUGCAUUAAGGUCCAAUGUUUAAAAUCUUUUUGUUUACAAUCUGCAUUAUUUGCAGAUUGUUAUGGCAUUACAAUUUGAUUUGUUUUAGUGAUAUUCUUAAGACAGCACACAAUCAAUCAUGUUGUACUUGUAUGGGGACACAGAUCAAAUUCCAAUGAAAUUCAUACACAGCAGUGAAAAUGUGUGUGCAUUUUUAAUCUUGCUCCACACUUACUGUCAGGGAUGCAUUUAUUUUUAUUUUGCGUUAGUUAUUAUUAUUAAUUAUAUUCUAUUGCAUUUUUAUUAUUAUUAUUUAUUAAUGUAGCAGAUGCCUUUAUCCAAGGUGACUUACAAAGCAAGUUAAAUACAUACAAGAAUGAAUGUGCAAGCAUCAAAAGCAACAGAGAACAAGUUAAAAGCUGGCAGAAGGGAAUUAGAACAACUACAUAAUUAUGCCGGAAGCUGGAAUACUACAAAUAUCCGUAUUUUAAACUCUUUAUGAAACAGUAGCUACCCUGUAGAAGAGAAACUAAGCAAUUCCAAACUAUUUAAUAAAAAGAUAUGUUUUCAAAAGAUGCUGGAACACAAGUAAAUUGGGUACCAUUCGAAUAGAUAAAGGGAGAUCAUGCCACAGCUUUGGAGGUAGAAUGGAGAAGCAUUGUCCAGUCACCUUGGCAAGUCAGGCAAGAGGAGAGACGGUCAGCAGACAGGCAGAGGAGGAUUGGGGACUUCUUGAGGGGACAUAAAGAGAGACCAAGGACUGGAGAUACUGAGGCAAAGAACUGUUCAGAGAACUGUAGGGCAAGGCCAGCGUUUUGAACUGCAGCAAAAGGAAGACAAUGGAGAGUCCAAAGGAGACGAGUAUUAGGAGUAAAGAAAGAAACAGAGAACACUAACCCAGCAGAUGCAUUCUGAAGGGGCUGAAGAGGUCUGAUUGCAGCUGAAGUAAGUCGCACCAGAAGAGAGUUGCCAAGAAGAGUAGUCCCAGCCAAGGGAAAACCAGUGCCUAAACAAAGAGUUGCAUGGCAUAAUUAGUGAGGAAGGGUCAAAUCCGCUGAAUAUUAUAAAGAAAGAAACAGGACUGGGUCAUUGAAGAUACUGUAUAUGUUUAACGAAUGAAAGUGAGGAAUCCAGAGUCGCAACAAGACUCCUGCCCAUGAUUGAUGAUGAAAGAGUGACAUCUUCCAUGUGGUUCCUAGAGACAAAUCUGAGGAAAGAGAAUUAGAGGACAGGUUGACAGUAUCUGACUUUGAAAGGUUAAUUUUAAGGUGGUGAUCAUUUAUUCCACAAUGAGAUGGAAGAGAGACAACUGGAGAUCUGGGCUGAAACCUAUGGACUAUAAGAGGGAAAUGACAAGAGGAUAUGUGCAGGCAUCAGCAUAGAGGUGGUGGUAGAAGCCAUGAGAAGAAAUUACUUUGCCUAAGGAACGAAUGUAAAGAGAAAAGAGAAGUGGACCCAGUACUGAUCCUUGAGGGACACCUGUAGAAAGUUUCUGUGGAGAAGACAAGGAGUUGGAUCAGAAGACACAAAAGGAUUGGUCCAAGAGAUUAGGAUUUGAGACAAUCCGAAGAAGACCGCUAAUUCCAAGUUUAUUAAGUGAAGAGAUAAGCAGAGAGUGAUUAAUGGUAUCGAAGGCUGAUAAAUGGUCAAGGAGGAUAGGGACAAAGGAGAGAAGCAGCGUGAGCAGAUGUAAGAGCAGUAGUGGCUGAAACCAGUGAAGUCUUAAUAGAGUGACCCUUGUGGAAUUCAGACUAAAGGGGAUCUAGUAGUUUGCUGUCAGAGAGAAACGAAGAGAGUUAUUAAUGGACUACACGUUCUAGGGUCUUGGACAGGAAUGGCAGAAGGGAGACAGAAUGGUAGUUCUCAAUGACAGAUGGGAUGAGAGAGAGUUUCUUGAGAAAACAGAUCACAUGAGACUUCUUGAAAUCAGUAGGGAUGAUACCAAAGGUCAAUGAUGUUUUGAAAAGAGAAAAGAUGUAUGGAAUCAAGAAGGAGAGAUGGAGUGUAAAAGGUGUGAAGGAAUGGGGUCCAAGUGCUGGGUCUGUGGUCACACAGCAGAUCAGAAAUGUCAGACAUUUACAGUAGAGAAGGAGGAAAGACAAAAAGGAUAAAGAGGAGAGUCAAACGAUAUUAUUGGGGUCUUAACAAUUUUUGGAUAUUGGUGACUGAAAUAGAAGAAAGAAGCAAAAUCAUUAGAAGAUAAGGACAAACAUUUUGGAGAAACAGGAGAACUUACAUGAGACUUGAAGGUAGACAAGAGGCAGCAAGCAUUUCUUUUAGUGGAUGUGAUUAAGUUUUGAAAGGCUUUCUUUACAGAUGGCAGCGCAGGAAGACAGGAGGGAUGGUAAUUUCUUCUUAUGCCAAGCACUUUCAGCCUGAGCAUCGUUCCCUGAAAGCAGAAAGGUGAGUGGAAAAUAGCCAGGGCUGGGAAGGAGAGAUACAAGCAGGGCAGUGGACAAGUGGAUGGUGGGCAUCAAGAGAAGAAAUGUCUCUAUUUACAGCAGGAGAAGGGAGUCUGGUAUAUCUUUUUUUGUCAUGCAAUAAAAUUAGUUUACAUACACAUUUAGUUUUUUCAGGAAUCAGCUUGUAUCAGUCAGUAGCUGAAAGGCUGCAGAACUGAAUUGUAGGUGAGAACUUCAACAUUGAGGAUUUGUCUGAUGGGGAUAUUUAGUGUGUGUUCACCCUGUGAUGGACUUGCUCCUUGUCCUGGUGGUGUUCUUGCCUUGUGCCCUAUGCUUGCUGGCAUCGACUGCAGCUUCCUCUCAACCCAGCUGAGGAUAAGAGGGUUUGAAAAAUGGAUGGAUUGGGUGGUGAUGUUUAGUGUGUAUGUGUGUGUGUUUUCACCCUGAGAUGAACUGAUGCCCAAUCCAGGCUUUUUACUUUCUUUUACAAAAAGUAUAGGGAAUCCUCCAAAAAGUCCAUUUCGAGAUUUUGAUGAAUCUCAACGUUUUAGACCUCCCCGAGUCCGAAAAUGAUAGAAAUCUACGUUUUGUACCUAAUACUUUUAAUUUUGGGGCAAUUUCCGUUAACCAGAAGUAGUACUUUACCUUUUAAUCAUGCAGCUGCAGAGUCCGAUUUAUUCAACUUUACUUUUAUAAUAAUUGUUCAAUAUAUUAUUACUUUGAUUUGAUUUGUUAUUGAUGGUUCUUUAAUGUACAUAAUAUAAAAAAAUAUAAUCAUUGUCUUGCAGUUUACUCCUCAAAUAUCCAUCCCCAUGUCCGACUAUAUAAGAAAGUCUAGAGGAGACCACUACCAUUUUUUUUCCUGGAUUACAGCAGGAACUUGUUGGAAUAGCCUAUAGCUUUCCCGUGACCCUGAUCUGGGUUUCAACAAAAAUGAAUACAACAACAACAACAACAUUUAUUUAUAUAGCACAUUUUCAUACAAAAAGUAGCUCAAAGUGCUUUACAUAAUGAAGAGAAGAAAAAUAAAAGACAAAAUAAGAAAUUAAAAUAAGACAACAUUAGUUAACAUAGAAAGGAGUAAGGUCCGAUGGCCAGGGUGGACAGAGAAAACAAAAAAAAAAACUCCAGAAGGCUGGAGAAAAAAAUAAAAUCUGUAAAAUCUGUCUGGAAUAGGUGGAUGGUGAUAGUGAGCCAGGAGAUUCUUACAAUUCAACAGGUGACAACUGUCCACCAGAUUCAACAGAACAUCACAACAGUGAUGAUAGUGAUAGUGAGCCAGGGCUCCAUGUUGAUGAGAGGAAAGCAAUACUAGAGCACUGUAUUUGAUUUUUUUUAGCAGGCUACUGGAAUAGUUGCCAAAAGCAAAUUGUAUAUAAUGUAAUGUAUUCAGACUGUCAAAAAGGGUUUAGUACAGUCCCACAGCAAAGAAUACUUUAGAAACAUGAAGUUGUUGGCAUCAGAGGUAACCUACAAAACUGAAUCUCAAGGCAGUCAGCCAGCAGGAGACAAAGAGUACAGAGAAGAGGAGAAUGCUUCACAUGGAGUGAGGUCUUCAGUAGAGUCCCUCGGGGGCUGUUUUUGGGCCACUUGCAUGAUGCUAAAAAUGUAAAGGAAAUCAGAUAUUGAGGAGGCAGUAAAAACAAUUCCCAAAGACAUGAACAAUCUUUAGAACUGCUGGGCAAACACUUGGAAAGCACUGUUACACUGAGAAAAGUGCAAAGUGCUACAUGUAGGCAAUAUAGAAGAUAUUUAUAAAUGCAAGAUGGGAGUCACUGACUUAGAAGAAGCAACCUCUGAAAAGGAUUUAGAGCUUUAUGCUGACACAACUUUUCCAUCACCUAAUCAAUGUGCACAAGUGAUUAAAAAGACAAAAUAAUGCUUAGGUUAUAUUAUAAAAACUGCUGACUAUAAACCAAAGGAUGCCAUGUUCAUAAAAUAUAAUGCACUAGCGAGACUACAUCUUGGGUAUUGUGAGCAGAUCUGGUCAUCAUGCCACAAAAAAGACCAAGAAACUGAGCAAAGGAAUGCAACAAAGUGUCUCCCCAGAAUUAAGGACUUGUCCUACUAUGUCAGAAUUAAACCUGCUUAGUCUCGAGCAGAGGAUAUAGUAUGGCAGGGGAUCUAGUCCAUGUCUUCAAGACCCUCAAAAGCAUUGAUAAAGCAAAUCUGGUAAAUUCUUUCAUCUUAAUGGUGAAUCUUGUACUUGAGAACACCAGUCUUCUUCCUGAUUUCCACUGAAGCCAGGAAACACUUCUUUAUACAAAUAGUUGUGGAAACUGGAACAAAAUACUAGAUCAAGUAGAAGAAGCAGAACCCUUGUAAACCUUCAUGUAGUAUUUGAAUGAGACAUUGGGAGAGCUUGAUGGACUAAGUGGUUUCCUCUCGCAUGUCAACUUUCUUAUGUUCUUAUACGCUGCAUCAGUUCUGCAGCAUGCUUGUUAGCAGUUGUGACAGAGCACAGUAGCUUAAUCAUCAUGGUCAGGCAACCCUGGCACAUGACAGGAAGGCUUUUUUGAAGACUUACCGGUGGUCCUUUACUCUGGCUCAGGUCUCUUUUACACAGAGAGCUGACUGUGCAUGGCCUUUGUCCUCCACAUCAGUUAAGACAUUGUUGAAGGCAUUGCUCUCUCUGGUCCUCGGUGCAUAAAAGUGCACCCAACAGAUUUGUGUGUGUUUGGCUAGUUGAAAGUCCUUCUGCACAGGCUGAUGCACUGGUGCAAAUCGGCAGCAUUUUAUGAAGGCACACAAGUUAUUACUACAGCUUUGUCAUUCAGAAAAUGUUGUCUUCUUUGUUCCAUUAGUAUGCAUUUGUGUUCUUUUUUGUGUAUUUAAUCUGUUCAACUUUGAAGUCAUUUCCAUUGCUGAACUUCUUAACUUUAAAGGAACCACAUACAAGCUUUAAUAUUUUACAACUGCAUAAGUUUACACAUUACUGGGAUGUUUGGGCCUUUCUAAAAGACAUAACAUCAGUUUAACUGGAUCAAAAACACCUCUGUCCUGUCACCAAUUGAAAUUUCACAAAAUAAUAACACAGAUAUACUUUUCCUUUAUGGUUUAUCUGAUACGAGUUUAAAAAUUUAAAAAAAAAAUCUAAAUUAUUCGAAAAGCUUUCAUAAGAAUGACUUAUUUCCUUUGGCUUAUUUUGUGACUAAAAUAAAUACAUUUGGAAUACUUUGUUUUUUUUGCCAAGUUCUAUUUACACUAAAUUUUCAAGUUUGUUUUAAGGUGUAUUUGUUUCAGUCAUAUGUGUAUAAUUUAUUGUGUUGCAAGAAACGACAUCAUGCAUGUGUUAAUAAAACCUUCCAAAAUUGUAACUAA